GCGAUAAUGAAACUCGGUUAUUUUCUUCUCUUCUAGCGCACCUACAUGCUGUACAAGCAAAGCAUGUAUUAUCGAUUAAUGUUGAUUAUUGCGUCUUGCGUACAAAUUCAAACAGUGCAAGUGAAUGUGAAACAGGGAACGGUGUUUGGGACAACAGAAGCGACAGUAUUUGAGCGGCGUCUGUACUAUGCAUUUUAUGGCGUGCCAUACGCACGACCUCCAGUCAGGGCGUUGAGAUUCAAAGAUCCCGAACCAAUAAAAAAUUGGAAGCGCCACCUUGACGCAACAAAACAAUACCGUGGCACGUGCGCACAGCCACACAUUGUUCACAAGCAUGGCAUCUUCGGCGUCGAAGAUUGCCUUUAUUUGAAUAUUUACACUCCACAUCUCCCCAAAUCAGAAAAUGAAGUAUUGAAACCAGUUGCAGUUUGGAUCCACGGCUAUGCUUUUACUUCAACUUUUAGUCACAUACACGGCCCCGAUUUUUUCAUAGAACAUGAUGUAAUUGUCGUUACUUUAACACACAGAAUAAAUGUAUUUGGCUUCAUGAACGUCAAAGAAAAUAACACGAAUAUGGGCUUGAAAGACAUCGCCGUAGGAUUAAAAUGGAUUAAAAGUAAUAUCGGACAAUUUGGCGGUGACAAAAAAAAAAUCACAGUGAUAGGAACAGGUUCAGGGGCUACUUUUCUUUCUUUGCUUUUAAUGUCCAAAUAUAGGAAACUAUUUACAAAAAUGAUACUGCAGAGUGGUGGAGCUUUCUCACCCUCAAUAUUUCAAGGAGAUGCAGAAUUCGAGAAAUUACGUUUCGAAGAAGAACUCAAGAAAAUUACAAUAAAGGAUGUAAUGAAAGCCACCACUAAAGAUAUAGUCGCAGCAUCACAAAAAGUGUACAAAAAUAUAGAUGUGAUAAAUUUUCAAAAGCCGUUAGUCCCAUUUUCACCGAUCGUUGAAACAAAAUCUAAAACGUCGAUAAUCUCAAAGAGCCCAGAGAUUUUCUUUUCUAAUAAAAACAAUUUAAACUUAAACAUAUCGAUUAUGAUCGGUUUUAAUAGUCAAGAAAGCAUAUCAGAAAUUAUACCAUUUCUUCGCAACCCAUUCUAUUUGAAAUCGUUUUCAAAUUAUUUUAAAUUUAUGAUUCCGUUUCGAAGCGAUUGUAGUUACAAUUAUACUACAAGCCAAUACCGCAAAAUUGGGGCACAAAUAAAGAAUAAAUACUUUGCUGACGGUAUUAAUGAGAAAUCCAUAGAAAAAUUUAUGAAAUAUUCGUCUGACUUGCAUAAGUAUCCUGUCUAUAAAUUCAUUAGAUCCUAUUUAUCUAAUCUUCGUAAUAAAAUGUUUGUGUAUAAAUUUAACUACGUGGGCAAAUUUAACGCAAUGAAGGCUACAUCUGUAGCUGGAGCUACCUUUGCGGUAAAAGGUGCCGCAAGUGGGGAUGAAAUAUGUUAUUUAUUUAACUGUGAACCGCUUUGGGACAAUUAUGUAAAUAUUAGUAAAACCUUGUACGAUCAAGACAGAAUAUUUAUAAAAGAACUCACAGGAUUAUGGACUAAUUUUGUAAAGUCUGGUGAUCCCACGCCACCAUCGCAAACCAACAACUACAUUUGGCUGCCAAUGACCCAGAAGGAUGAUAAUGUUCUGCUCAUUAGUAAGACGAGAACAAGGAUCACUAGGUCUAAUUUGGAGAGUAAGAUGCUCUCGUUUUGGAAUGAAAUUUAUAAAACGUAUUAUAAGGACUGUAAAGAAGACCUUCAUGAAGAACUUUAGCAUUAUAAUAAUAUGGUGAUGUCGUCGAUAUUGUUACCAUGAAUUGUUCAACGUAAACGAUUUGUUCAAAAGUAC